AUGUUCAACUGGCGUUUCAAACUGAUCCUGUUGCUGGCCCAGACGUUGAGCAUCAAUGCGGGCUAUAUUGGUGGUGGUGAGCUAGCAGCUGGCAUCCACUCACCUGGCCUGCUGGGCAGCUAUGCGGGCGCUCUAAGCGGCGGCCAGGCACUUGCCAAACUGGAUCUGGGUGGCAGCGAUGCAUAUGCGGAUGAGCAUGUGGAUCAUGAGGAGCUAGGCGCACUGAAUGACCACAUUAGUGAGCACAGUGGAACACUCGGUGACCACCUUAGUGAGCACAGUUUUCCGUCAGACUAUGGCAGCAGCGAUGCGGGCGUGGAGUAUGCCGAGGCCAGUGAACAUCAUGAGCACUACGAGUCGGAGCCGAAACUGGAGCUAGAUCUGGAGGAGCACCAUGGUGAGCAGCCUGUGCCAGGCAUUGAUCAUGGCAAGGGUGCCUUCAGCUACAGCACGCUCUACGAGUUCAAGGAUAGAGAGGAGCACGAGCAGCACCAACUGGAGCAUCAGCAGCAGGAGGAGCACAUCUCGCAUCAGCUGGAGCUGGAGCAUCAGCAUAAUGUUCUCGAGCACCAGCUGGAUUUUCAUUAA